AUGGUCAGACAUGUUUUAGAUGGUUUCUUUCCUACAGCAUCCAAUGGAGUUGUGCUGGCCACAGAGAAGAAGCAGAAGUCAGUGCUGUAUGAUGAACACAGUGUGCACAAGGUGGAGAUGAUCACCAAGAAUGUCACAAAAAUUUACUCUGACCUUACUCCUGCAUAUUUGCCCAGGUUGUUGGUGCGCCAUGCCAGGCGGAUCGCACAGAACUACUUCCUGACGUACCAGGAACAGAUCCCCACCACCCAGCUGGUGCAGAAGGUGGCUUACGUCAUGCAGGAGUACACGCAGUCCGGAGGAGUGCGGCCGUUCGGAGUGUCGCUGCUGGUUGCAGGAUGGGAUGAGGAUCGGCCUUACCUGUUCCAGUGCGAUCCCUCUGGGGCAUACUUUGCCUGGAAAGCCACUGCAAUGGGGAAGAACUUCAUCAAUGGCAAGACAUUCCUGGAGAAAAGGUACAAUGAGGACCUAGAGUUGGAAGAUGCAGUGCACACAGCUAUUCUAACACUCAAGGAGAGUUUUGAAGGCCAGAUGACGGAAGACAACAUAGAAAUCGGCUUGUGUAAUGAGAACGGGUUUCGUCGACUCAGCCCCAGUGAAGUCAAGGACUACCUGGCCUCGAUAGCGUAGAUGGUUGUACUGUAUAUACUGUUCUUUGCAACAAGCCUACUAGUAUAAGAACUCUGUUACGCACCCAAAACCUCUAGUUUAAGAAAUAGAAAGGGCAAGUGGUGAAUGUUUGCAGAUGUUUAUUAUUUACAAGGGUCUAUUAUCACAUUAUAAGCUUUCAAGUGAUUAGAAAAGAAAUGUUUUGUGUAUUUCUUUGACUCCAAAAUAGUUAUGUGUCUUUGGUUAUUUAGUGACAUCAGUAGAAAUUCCAAUGUCAGAGCAAAUGUUGUACUUUGUUGGUGAAAGGAAUCUAUUGGUUGUCAGUCAACAUCAAGAAUUACUGUAAAUGUUCAAAAUGUUUGCAGUUGUUUUAUUUUCGAAUCUACAUCUCACAGCAAAUAUGGGGCACCAUGAGAAUGUGCGUUUCGUAUUACCACUACGUUAUUGCGAAUCUAAAACUGUCUUUCCCCUCUUAGUAAGAAAUUGAGUCCUCGCAAGAAUAGAUAUACUUACAGUAUGAUAGGCCUUUGUAAAGAAUAACAUCAAAAUACUUAAUCACACUGGAGUUUAAAAACAAUAUCAGAUAAAACAACAUCAUACAAAAUUACAAAGUACAUGUAGUUGACAAUUUAGAAUUGCUAUGAUUCAAUCUAUCUCCGUGUGCAACAGUUAUAUGUCUUUGUUCUUGCAGAAUAAAUACUGAUGGAAGAAAAACAAA